AACCAUGGCUGAAAGUAAAUCCGUGCCUAAAUCUACUCCUGAAAGCAGGUGGGAGAUGCGAACUAAAUACUAUACAGGCAUGGAUCCUUUAAUACGUUCUCCAUUGACUGACAUGUUGUCAGUAAAUUUGCACAAUCAGUUUGAAAUUAGAUGCAAAAAUUUUGAGUUUCGUUUAGCCAAAUGUAUCGAAGCAUAUGGAUUUUAUAGGGGAAUAGACGAAUGCAGAGAAGUACUUCAUGAUUUUCAAGAAUGCAUGACCCUAGAAAAACGCAGGAGUAGAUUUGAAAUAAUGUGUGGAGAAUUUGCUCGUCAGGUCGAAGCUGGAGAAAGAAAUUAUGAGAAAGUACCAGUUCUUCCUUUAUUCCUGUAAUGUAAAUAUAUAUAUGUAAACGUCAACAGCAACUUAAGUAGGCAACAGUGCAUCGAAUAAGUAAAAUGUUUGUUCAACAUCAAAUUGGAUAAAUGAUUAAUAAUGACAAAUUAGAAGGAAGUAUAA